AUGGCUAACAGCAACCAGCUCCAAGACAAGACCGCACCGCACUACACCGUCCCCAGCAUCCCCCCGGUCCAGAUCAAGGGCCGGUGCGGCACCAUGGAGGACUUCAGGCGGCGCUACAGCACCAACGAGGACCCGACUUACACCUACGACAUCGGCCACACCAAGACGCCCAAGCGUGUCGUCGACGACGGCGAGGCUGGUCUGUGCCUCGAUCUGAGCACCAGGCGUUGA